CGCAGCCACCUGUCCCCACAGAUGCUGCAGGCGUCAUGAGCUCCCCAGAUGGGCCAAGCUUCCCGUCGGGGCUGCUCUCGGGGGGCGCCUCCCCCAGCGGCGACGAGGGUUUCUUCCCCUUCGUGCUGGAGCGGCGAGACUCGUUCCUGGGAGGGGGCCCUGGGCCCGAGGGGCCCGAGGACGUGGCCCUGCAGCUGCAGCGGAAGGAGAAAGACCUGCUGCUGGCCGCCGAGCUCGGCAAGAUGCUCCUGGAGCGGAACGAGGAGCUGCAGCGGCAGUUGGAGACGCUGAGCGCCCAGCACUCGGAGCGGGAGGAGCGGCUGCAGCAGGAGAACCAUGAGCUCCGCCGGGGCCUGGCAGCCCGCGGAGCCGAGUGGGAGGCCAGGGCCGUGGAGCUGGAGGGGGACGUGGAGGCCCUGCGGGCCCAGCUUGGAGAGCAGCGCACGGAGCAGCGCGACAGUGGGCGGGAGCGGGCCCAGGCCCUGUGUGAGCUCAGUGAGCAGAACCUUCGGCUCAGCCAGCAGCUGGCCCAGGCCUCCCAGACGGAGCAGGCGCUUCAGCGGGAACUAGACGCCCUUCGAGAGCAGUGCCAGGCCCAGACCCUGGCGGGCGCAGAGCUGAGGACAAGGCUAGAGAGUCUGCAGGGGGAGAACAAGAUGCUGCAGAGUCGCCGGCAAGACCUGGAGGCCCAGAUCCGGGGCCUGCGAGAGGAGGCCGCAAAGGGCCAGGGCCGGCUGCAGGCCGCCCACGAGGAGCUGCUUGUGGUGCGUCGAGAGCGGCGGGAGCACAGCCUGGAGCUGGAACGCGCGCGCUUCGAGGCCGGGGAGGCUCUGAGCGCGCUGCGGAGGCUGCAGCGGCGCGUCUCCGAGCUGGAGGAGGAGUCCCGCUUCCAGGACGCCGACCUGUCGGGCGCCUCCCUGCAGUCCGAGCUUGCCCACAGCCUUGACGGUGACCAGGACCAGGACGCGGACGGACGCAGAGACGCCCCGACGACCCUGUCCGCAGAAGCCCGAGAGGCUUCCAGCCCGCAGCCUUCGCCCCAGGAGGAGAGCUUGGAGCCCCCCAAGAAGCGAGUAACCCUGAGCCCGGCGGAGAUGCUGGAGGAGAGGGAGGAGGAAGUCGCCAGGCUGCAGGACGAGAUGGCGCUGCAGCGGGCGGAGCUGCACUCCCUGCGGGAGGAACUGCAGAGGCAGAAGGAGCUGCGGGAGCAGGUGGACCCCGAGCAGGCCUUGAGCGGCGCCCUCUCAGAUCGGGACGAGGCCGUGAACAAGGCCCUGGAGCUGUCCUCGGAGCUCAGCCGCGUCACGCUGGAGCGGGAUUCCCUGUCCCGGGAGCUGCUGCGCGCCAUCCGCCAGAAGGUGGCGCUGACGCAGGAGCUGGAGGCCUGGCAGGACGACAUGCAGGUGGUGAUCGGGCAGCAGCUGCUCUCCCAGCGCCAGAAGGAGCUGAGCGCGGCCCGCGCCGCCGCCCCGCGCCGCUCCUCGCCGAGAUUCUCGCUCCGCCUGGGCCCUGGGCCCGCCGGCAGCUUCCUCAGCAACUUCUUCCGAAGAACCUGAGGG